AUGGCUGUGUCAUUGCAAUUAUGGGGAUGUUGCUCUAAUGAAUCAAUUGAAGAAGUUGAACAGUUCAUUAAUUGUACGCACUGUAAUAAAUCUUACCAUUUUUUAAAUUUAUCCAUUCCUGAAAUCGCUAGGAACUCUGAGGCUUAUGACAAAUGGAAAUGUCCGGCAUGUAUAAAUUCAGCACCAAAGACCUCAAAAAAGGACUGCACACCUAUUCGUACUAUUCCUACGACCAGAGGAAAUAAAAGACCGGCAUUAAACUCUCCUCCAAAAGCAAGUCCUGUUACAAGUGAAAACGUUCGUACAAUUGUCCAAGAGGUUAUUAAGAAAGAGUUCAACGAUAUGCUAAAACAACUAAAUAAUAGUAUGAUCGGUGUUAUCACUAAGGAGCUGGAACCUAUAAAAAACGAAAUGAGGGACCUUAAAGAAUCUAUGUCCUUUAUUAAUAAAAAAUUUGAGGAAAUCGAGUCGGAACAGCUUGCAGCUAAAAAAUCUUUUAAAACACUGCAAGAUAUAAAUUCUCAUUUAGGAAAUACAGUUUCUGACAUGUUGCAACGACUUAAUUAUUUGGAGCAGCAAUCUCGAUCCAAUAAUUUGGAGAUUCAGUGUUUGCCUGAAAACAAACAUGAAAACUUAUACACGACUGUCAAACAGAUGGGAAUUGUAAUUGGAUGUGAGUUAAAAGAUGAAGAUAUACUUCACUGUACCCGGAUAGCUAAAAUGAGUUCUAACAACACUCGUCCUCGAUCUAUCGUAAUCCAAUUGGCUUCUCCUAAAGUACGUGAUCAGAUUUUGGCUGCAGUUAUCAGCUUCAAUAAAUCAAAUCCGCAAAACAAACUCAACAGCGUGCACUUAGGUCAUACUGGUAUCAAAAAACCAGUUUAUGUUGUCGAGCAUUUGUCUCCAUCUAAUAAAGCUUUACAUGCAGCUGCUAGAUUGAAAUCAAAAGAAAAAGGAUAUAAAUACGUUUGGAUAAGAAAGGGUAAAUCUUCGUUAGAAAAGAUGAAAAUUCAGAAUAUAUUUACGUAA